ACGUUAUAUACUCUCUCCCUCUCUUUCUCUCUCUAGGGUUUCAUCUAUGGCUUCUUACUUUUCUCUUUCUCGCAGUUCUCAUCAAUUUCUCCCCAAACGGUGCCGUUUUUGGAGACUCUGUUGGAAACAAAUACCAAAAUUGGUUAGGAUUUGAUAUUUUAAUUCAUGUCUGAUUCGAUGGUUGAGAUUGAAUCAGAUCGAAUUCUGGGAGACAAAAGGCCGCCGGACGAUAGAAUAUCAGAAGGAUUAGAAGGUCCAAUUUCGAAGAAGGUGAGGGGAGUGAUGAUUAGUAAUGUGAAGGAAGUUGCUGAAAUGGUACUUGUAUUGGCAGCUAUGGGAAAAAUGAGGGGAGGUAAGGGUCCCACUGAUGCAGAAAAGGAAAUGGUGGAGGAGGCUAGGGAGAGAUUGGCGAAAGUAUGCGUGAAAUUUGCGCCGAAAGAUGUGUUUCCAAGAGAUGGUUUUGGUGGUGUUGUUGAGGAUCUUGGGCUUAAUAAGCUGAAGGAACAGAGUAUAGGUUAUUGGCCUCCCAAAAUGUCUAUUGCUGAGAAGUUACGGGUUGCCAAAAGAAAGAUGGAAAAGAUGCAGGGAUUUUCUCGACCCUCUGCCAGCUAUUCAUCUCAAAGGUCUCAAACUGCAGUGGGUGCAGCAACUGAAAGCCAUAAUGCGUCACAUAUUAAAAUGUUUCCUCAACCAAGUCAUGCGGUAAAUUCAUCAGGAAGCUUCCAACCUGCUUCACCUAUGGGACGUGGGACUCCAGUAAGUUCUGCAUCUUUGCCUUAUCAGCUGCCCACCAGUGAGGUCAGGCCUUUAAUGACCGGUGGAGUGGUCUCUGGUAAUCUUGUAAGGGAUUCUUCUUCAGUAGCACCUCCCAGAGUUGGAAGACCGCAUUUCCAAAUGGAUGGACGACAAAGUGGAUCUUCCCAUGCAUUGCAAUUUCAAGCAAUUACUGGCAAUCACUCAACUGUCAGAACUCCAACUUGGUCGGUGCUACCUGCAUCAGUUUCAGCAGUUAGACCUGGGGCAGAUAACAAGGUGACACCACAUGAAACUAUUAAAGUUGAGGGAGGUGCUGAUGUCAGGUCAACAAUGGCACCACAUGCAACUAUUAAAGUUGAGGGAGGUGCUGAUGUCAGGUCAACAAUGGCACAAGUAACAACACCUAGGCCAUUUAUUACACAGAGCACAUCUGGAAAUUCACCAAGCACAUACCCUCAUUUACAAGGCACGACCUUUAUUCAGGCUCCUCCUCGGAGCAAUACUCAUUCUGAAAUUGGAAAGAUUGUUCAGAAAUUUUUACAGCCUCUGCUUCCUGAGCGGCCUGCAUGGAUUGUGCCAUCCCGUGAUUACAUGAAUAGGGCUUUGACUUGCCAAAUGUGCAGUUCAACAAUAAAUGAGGUUGACAAUGUACUUGUUUGUGAUGCUUGUGACAAAGGCUAUCACUUAAAAUGUCUCCAAACAACAAAUCAAAAAAGUGUCCCUAGAGGGGAAUGGCACUGUGGAAAGUGUUUGUCGAUAACAAAUGGCAAGCCGCUGCCCCCUAAAUAUGGUCGUGUGAUGCGGAACAUCAAUUCCUCUAAAAUGCCUACAAUUACAGCAGCUGUUCAAUCAUCUCCAGAUAGAAAAGCUUUUGGUCCGGACAAUAAGGUUACUCAGUCGAAGAUAAUGGGGAAUGGAAAUGUUGCAUUGCAGAAUUCCAAUGGCACGGCAAAUAAUCUUAACCAACUACCGUCUGGGCCAAAGAUGGAAAAAGACAAAAGAAUGGGAGGAACUGAUAAUGUGUCCGGUAAAGGAAAUGUGGAGAGUCAAGUUUCUUCUGCGACCUGUUCAAGUAAUUUGACUUCGGGAAUCUGUUCAAAUAAUUUGACUUCAGGAAUCUGUUCAAAUAAUUUGACAGUGUCUUCCAAUGAUAACAGUUUCUCUCCUGCUUGCUCAAUGAUCGAUAGAUCUUUUGAAGAGAAGGUGGUUGAAGUAAAAUCUCAGCCUCCUGCAAAAUCUGAAACAGUUUCCAUCUCAUUUGAUCACUCGCAAGCCCUUACUCAGCUGCAGGCCAAUGGUCAUGCUUGGGUAGCCAAUAGUGUAGAGAUUCCUUCCCAGCAGUUUCCUGGAAGUCAGUCCAUGGUCAGUGAUGCUAAGCAAUCUAGAGCAAGUUUAGCUAGUAGUUCAAGCGAUGAAUGUAGAAGAGAAAAUCAAGGUGUCGGACUGACAAAUCUUGCUGAAACUCCUAUUGCCAGUAAUGGGGGUGCUGACUGCGUUAGCUUUACAUCAGAUCCCUUUGAGAGCGUUGACUGGAUUGGCAAUGUGCUCCAAGUUGCAGAUGAGAAGCAAUAUUACCAAUCUUGUCGCUGCAAGGGGUUCGUAUACAAUGUUCAGGAAUAUGCUGUUAUUCGUUUUGAGGAUGAGAGAUUGGUUCCUUCAAAGCUUCUGGCUAUGUGGGAGGAUCUAAAAGCAGGAAAGAAAUGGGUUACUGUCAAUCGGUGUUACUUCCCAAGGGACUUGCCACAUGCUGUAGGCCGUCCAUGUAGCUUGGAAAGCAGUGAGGUUUAUUUGUCUAAUUGUAGUAGCACAGUAAUGGCUGGCCAGAUACAAGGUCCAUGUGACGUACUUCCUCUGAGCAAGUUUAAUGAAGAAAAAGAGAGGAUAUCUCGCCUAGAAACAAGGCCUAUUGGUGGAUUACGGCAUCUCUACUUAUGCAAAUGGAUUUAUGAUGAAUCGAAAGGGCUAUUUCGUGACGUUUCCUGUUGAUUAAGGGUCA